AUGGCGUUUAUUGAAGCUUUCACGCGAUUUCAAACUAUGGCGUUUCGGGACUGCUUUAUGAAUGUUCAUGUUUCCUUGAUAAUGUUCCCUCAAUCAACGGGAGAACCGAAGACGAGACCGACGCAAACGAGCAUUCGAGAAUUGAGGCAAAGAGGGCUGAUCCCCGACCUUUUGUUUUUGAGAAGCGAAGUGCCGUUGAAUGAUGUACUUCGGACCAAAAUUAGUUCCUCUUGUACCCUCGACCCUAGCCAGGUUAUCGGGGUAUCAGAUGUUUCAAAUAUUUACAAUGUGCCUAUCCUUCUACACGAACAGAAAGUAGUACAAAUGAUUAUAGACCGACUAAAACUACCUCCGAAGCAUUGUUGGUUUGCUACUCCUUUACUAAUUCUAGAGAUGCACUUGGUUUACAGGUAUGAAUUUCCUAAAGAAGAAGUUACAAUUGCGCUUGUUGGAAAAUAUGUACGAUUCUCUGAUGCAUAUGCUUCUGUUCGUAAGGCGUUGCGACACGCUGCAAUGCACGCUAAUCGUAGUCUGGUGAUAAGGGUAUUUUUUUGUUUAUUUGGUUACUUCCCUCACGAACGGAAAUUCUUCUACUCUCUGUUUUUCUGAAU